AUGGAGGAGAUCAGUAUCGUCCACACUCCUGCUGGCAUUUACUACAAGUCUGGUGAUAACAGCUUGACCUUUGAGAACUUAACCAGAGUCAGACGCUUUAUUACUGGUGGGCUAACGAAAAAGUCCAAAGAAGAAGGAACUCACCGGAAAAGAAGAGGGUCUCAUGAUGAGAAAACAAACAAGCCGAGAAGAUUUUUGAUCGAUGUCGAAGAAACGAAGCGUCUAAUUCUUGAACAAGAAGAUACCGACGGCGACUCUCAAAUCACAAUCCAUGAUAAAGGACCCAAGACCCUCACACUGGGCACUGCAGAUUCGGGUGGCUAUCACAAGUUUGAAAUCAGGGGUACUUAUAUGCUAUCCAAUUUGCUUCAGGAACUCGAGUUGGCCCGUGAUCACGGGCGAAAACACAUCGUCCUCCACGAAGAUCGUCUAAAUGACAACCCAGUUGAUAGGCUGUCUAGAAUGAUCAAAUUUCACUUCUGGGACGGGCUAACUAGGCGAAUAGAUGCCGACGGUUUGGAGGUCAUCUGUGUUGAUCCCAAAAAUAGAACUGCCGACCACAGCCCAAGAAUUUAUAUUCCUUACGGAGAAGAUGCAAUUUUUGAGUACUAUAAACAUGUUUCGGAAACAAGAAAACACCUGAACCUGGACGUUCAGAUGCUGCCACAGGAGAUAACUCCUGAGUAUGUGAAAAGCAUCAACAAUAAACCAGGUAUCCUUUCGCUUGCGAUGCGUAAGGUCACAGAUGACGAAGGAAAUGUUACAUUCGAAGGUGUCCCUUUCGUUGUGCCUGGUGGACGUUUUAAUGAGAUGUACGGAUGGGAUUCGUACUUCGAAAUGCUUGGUCUAGCUGUGGACGGGAAGAUUGAAAUAGCAAGGGGGAUGGUAGACAAUUUCGUCUACGAAAUCAAUCAUUAUGGGAAGAUACUAAAUGCUAAUAGGAGUUACUUUCUCACGCGAUCGCAACCUCCGUUUUUAACCGACAUGGCUUUGAAAGUGUACGAGCGUCUUCCUGAGGAUGAAGAGAAGAAAUCGUGGUUAGCUGAAGUUUUUCGCGCUGCCAUUAAAGAAUAUCAAACUGUGUGGAUGGCUUCCCCGCGUUACGAUAGUCAUACGGGUUUGAGUCGAUAUCAUCCAACCGGUAUUGGUAUUCCCCCCGAGACUGAAGCGAGCCAUUUCGAUCAUGUGAUAUUGCCAUAUGCAAAUGCACUUGGCUUGACUAUCGAAGAAUUUUCACUUCGGUAUCAGAAUGGUGAUCUCGUCGAGCCGCAACUUGACGAGUAUUUUAUUCAUGAUCGUGCCGUUAGAGAAUCCGGUCACGACACGACCUAUCGUUUCGAAAAACGGUGCGCAAAUCUGCUCACCGUAGAUUUGAACGCCCUGCUGUUCAAAUAUGAAAUAGACAUUGGCACGACGAUAAGAGAUAUUUAUAAUGAUCGGUUUGAGUUGGCGGACGGGACUGUGAUGACUAGCGCUUUGUGGUUUGAGAACGCUGCCAAGAGGCAGCAAGCAAUAGAUAAAUAUCUUUGGAAUGAAGACAAGGGUUUGUACUACGAUUAUGAUAUCGUACAAAAGGAGCAGUCGGUGUACGAAUCCGUUACCGCGUUCUGGACUUUGUGGGCUAAUUGCGCGAGUAAAGAACAAGCCGAGAGGCUUGUUAAAUGUUCUCUUCAGAAGUUUGAAGUUCUUGGAGGGAUGGUCAGUGGCACAGAAGAAUCACGCGGCACAAUAACGCUUGAUCGUCCAAACCGUCAAUGGGACUAUCCGUUCGGCUGGGCACCACAUCAAAUCAUGAUAUGGCGUGGUUUGGAGAACUAUGGCUACGUCAAUGAUGCCCGUCGGUUGGCGUACCGAUGGUUGUAUACGAUUACGAAAUCGUUUGUUGAUUUCAAUGGUAUCGUACCCGAGAAGUAUGAUGUCGUAUCACUCAGUCACCUGCUCAAAGUCGAAUAUGGCAAUGUGGGAACUGACUUCAAGUUCGUUCCUCGAGAAGGCUUUGGUUGGAUGAAUGCAUCGUACCAAGUGGGCUUAACUUAUUUGAACAAUCACAUGAAGAGGGCCCUUGGUGCUUGCACUAGUCCAGAAGUGUUUUUCAGACGGCGAGAGAAGAAAGAUCAAUAA